GCCGCUUCUUCGUUCAGGUGCUUAACUGCUCCUUAAAAACGUCGAGGGAAUCUCUUGUCCUCCGACGUUGUUUUUUUUUAGUUUUUGGGGUUUGCGGGUUUAGACACAGGAUUGUUUUGUGAUGGGUGGUGGAAGCGAAUCGCGGAUUUUUUCUCUUUUUAUGGAGACCAAAGUGAGCAGAUUUCCUACUGUUGAAAGCAAGUUUUAUCUUGAUAAGAAGCAAAUUGAGGAACAGAGGAUUCUUUAGGGGCACCGGAUACUUUCUCAAGAGAAUAACACUUUUCACACACAGUUUUCCUAACAGAAAGGGGGUUUUCUGGUCCGCAACAUUGGAUUUUACAUUCUGUUUAACUGACGCAGCAUCGUUUUGGAGUAUCUUAUUUGGAGAUUCCAGUCAUUUUAUUCUACAUUUCGGGGAAUAAACUAUAUCUUAAAAAGAAGAAACCCGGACGAGACGAAGUUAUGCAAAUGCCAAUGAAAUAAACCCCGUUUCUCCAGGUCAAAUGACCGCUUCCACUCGUUCUCCAAUCUGACCACCUUAUUUAUGACAUGGAAAAACGGGCACUCCACAGCGUCCUUUAUUAUUUCAUUCUGAAUGCGCCCCUGCUAUUCUGUGUAAAUGCCACAUUUACUGAAGUGCCCAAAGAUGUGAGUGUCGGUGAGGGCGAGGACAUAGAGAUGCCGUGCGCUUUUCGAGCUGUCGGAGUCUCGCCGUUCUCUCUGGAGAUCCAGUGGUGGUACCUCAAGGAAGCGGCCCCUAAAGAGCUCGCACACGAACUGCAAAUUAGCGCUCCGGCCAACAGAGCCAAGGUUGCCCACCGGGACGCCACGAAAAUAAGCACGGUGAGGGUCCAGGGCAACGCUAUUUCCCACAAGCUCAGCCUAUCGGGUGUGCGGAAGGAGGACGAGGGAGUGUAUGAGUGUCGGGUUUUGGACUUGUACUCUGAUGAGACUCAGGAAUACAAGGUGCAGGCCACUCUGCGCGUGACAUCGCGCGAGGGAAUGCUGGCCGAGGAGGCCGUAUCUCACAUCCAGAACCGAUGGCCACUGAGGAACAGCAACACAGCGACGGGUGGACGGGCCACUUCUGAGCCGGGCCAGGGUAAGGGAAAACCCCGCAUGCCUCCGCCGGUUGGAAUAGGACCCGCUCCCCCUUCAACGACUACGACGGGCUCUGCAGACAAGGCGUCAGCUUCGCCUCGGCCGGGCAAUUCAUCUAUCCUGAGACAACAGCACGGAUCCGGUUCCGGAACCAUGGCAAUCACUGAGCCACUCCUUUACAUCACUCUGCUGAUCUUGCAUAAGCUCCUGCCCUUCCUGUUUGCCUACUAAGAGACCACAGCCAAACAACUCGCAAUGAUUUCACUUUAUGUACCAAACGAACAAAGGGGAAAUAUAAAUAUAUAUAAAUAUACCUACCAUUAUGGCACAUCACAGUGAGGGAUGGGAUUUGACUUUGAAGAAAAUAAAAAUAUCAGAAUAAUAAAGAGAAGGCCAUUUUGUUUUCUGGGGCUUGUGUAGAAGAUCUGUCCAGAUUUGGAUGUAAAAUGGAUUCUAUAAGAAGCAUGAUGAAAAAAAAUAAAUAAAUAAAAAGGAGUCUAUGUGAAUUAGAGCUUCACAACUGUGUCAUACACACAACUGACAUCCAGAAAUGCUGAAUUCAGUUUCCAAAUACUAGUGUUUGCCUUGCUAAAUGCAUGGCUCUCUUAAUUUAUUAUUAUUGUUUAUUAUUUUUAUUUUUAUUAUUAUUUCUGUUCUGUUUUUUGUUUUGUUUUUUUAUUUUAGCAUUGUUCUUAUUGGAGUACCUGAUACUGAAUCAUAAACAACUUGGUCUUUUGAGAUUACUUUGUUGUUUUUUUGUUUGUUUGUUUGUUUGUUUUGCUUUUUAAUCAAUUAAUCAACCUUUUUUUGCAUGAGCUGUACAGCUGUCUCAUUUUUCAUUUCAUUAAUGUGAAAGAAGGCACUCUCUCAUGUCAGUUCUUUCUACAAGACUGUGUGUAAUACUGUGCAUUCAGUUCCCUCACAUCUGAUUCUGAGUUCUCAAGCAUUUUGUCUCAUAAUGUAUAAAAAUGCAACCUUAUAUAUUUUGAUCAAAUAAGGCACAUGUUACCAUAGUUGUUGUUAGUCACCCCUAAUAAUGUUUAUUU